UGCACUGAAUUCCCGGGUUUGGUGUCUGCUGGGAUUUUCGCUUUGCUUGACUAAUUGAGACUUCGAGAGAUCUGUCGCCAUCGUUUGCGGCCGCAAGUGGGAGGCCUUCUUCUACCAGGCAGGGAAUUCAUUGAACUUGACCGCCAUAGCUACGUCCAGUUCAAGCAGCUUGUUUCUGUUUAUUCCUUUCCGAUUCGGCGAUCUUCACAGCUCGCUCCACUCUGUUAUCUAAAAGGGGAAAACUUUCUGUGAUCGAUUUGGUAUGGAAUCCUGCAAUUGUAUUGAGCCACCACCAGGGGAUGAAUUGUUGAUGAAAUACCAAUAUAUUUCGGAUUUCUUCAUUGCCCUUGCUUAUUUUUCUAUCCCUCUAGAACUGAUCUAUUUUGUAAAGAAAUCAGCUGUCUUUCCAUACAGAUGGGUACUUGUUCAGUUUGGUGCUUUCAUAGUUCUAUGCGGAGCAACACAUCUAAUAAAUUUAUGGACCUUCACAGUGCAUUCAAAAACUGUGGCAGUAGUAAUGACCACUGCUAAGGUUUUAACUGCUGUGGUAUCAUGUGCAACUGCACUUUUGCUUGUACACAUCAUUCCUGAUUUAUUAAGUGUUAAGACCAGAGAGCUAUUUUUGAAGAAUAAGGCUGCAGAGCUUGAUAGGGAAAUGGGCUUGAUUCGCACACAGGAAGAAACUGGUCGGCAUGUUAGGAUGCUGACUCAUGAGAUUAGAAGCACUCUGGAUCGGCACACCAUACUUAAAACAACUCUUGUUGAACUAGGUAGAACAUUGGCACUGGAAGAGUGUGCAUUAUGGAUGCCAACACGUUCUGGGUUGGAGCUCCAACUUUCCUACACAUUGAGACAGCAAAAUCCAGUUGGAUAUACAGUACCCAUCCAUCUUCCUGUGAUCAAUCAAGUAUUUAGCACCAACCAGGCUGUCAAAAUUUCACCAAACUGCCCAGUAGCCAGAUUACGGCCUCAUGCAGGAAAGUACAUGCCUGGGGAAGUUGUUGCUGUUCGGGUGCCCCUUCUACAUCUUUCUAAUUUCCAAAUUUAUGAUUGGCCAGCAGUUUCAUCAAGCUAUGCUUUGAUGGUCUUGAUGCUUCCAUCAGAUAGCGCCAGACAGUGGCAUCUUUAUGAGUUAGAGCUGGUUGAGGUUGUUGCUGAUCAGGUAGCUGUUGCUCUUUCACAUGCCGCAAUUUUAGAAGAGUCAAUGAGGGCAAGGGAUCAGCUCAUGGAGCAAAAUGUUGCACUUGAUCUCGCAAGAAGAGAAGCAGAGACUGCAAUUCGUGCUCGCAAUGAUUUUUUGGCUGUAAUGAAUCACGAGAUGAGGACUCCUAUGCAUGCAAUUAUUGCACUUUCCUCAUUGUUACAAGAAACAGAGCUGACACCUGAGCAGCGUUUGAUGGUUGAGACCAUACUGAAAAGUAGUAAUCUAUUGGCUACUCUCAUCAAUGACGUCCUAGAUCUUUCACGUCUUGAAGAUGGCAGUCUUCAACUUGAUGCAGCAACAUUUAACCUUCAUUUUGUGUUUAGGGAGGUCCUAAACUUGAUCAAACCUGUUGCAUCCGUCAAAAAGUUGUCACUCACUUUACAUUUAGCUCCAGACUUGCCAGUGUAUGCUGUUGGUGAUGAAAAACGCCUCAUGCAAACUAUUCUUAAUGUUGUUGGUAAUGCUGUUAAGUUCUCAAAAGAGGGUGGUGUCUGCAUCACUGCUUCUGUUGCAAAAGUUGAAUCCUUUAGGGAUGCUAGAUUUCCAGACUUUAUCCCAAUGCUUAAUGAUAAUCAAUUUUAUUUACGAGCACAGGUAAAAGAUUCAGGAUCAGGAAUUAAUCCACAAGAUAUACCUACAUUAUUUACCAAGUUUGCACAAACCCAAUCUUCAACAGCAAGAAAUUCUGGUGGAAAUGGACUUGGCCUCGCAAUUUGUAAGAGGUUUGUAAAUCUUAUGGAAGGGCAAAUUUGGAUUGAUAGUGAUGGCAUUGGUAAGGGGUGUACGGCUACCUUUAUUGUAAAACUUGGAAUCCCUGAUCGAUCGAAUGAAUCUAAAGCCCCCUUUGCGCAUAGGGUUCUGGGAAAUCAUGGGCCUACGAACUUUGCGGGGCUCAAGGUUCUUGUCUUGGAUGAUAAUGGGGUUAGCAGGACAGUAACAAAGGGACUACUUGUACAUUUAGGGUGUGAUGUUACAACAGCAAGCUCGAGUGAAGAAUGUUUGCGUGUUCUUUCUCAUGAGCACAAGGUGAUCUUCAUGGAUGUAUGUUCAGGUAUAGAUGAUUAUGAUCUUGCGGCACGUAUCCAUGAGAAGUUUACCACACGUCAAGAUAGGCCUCUUAUUGUUGCACUUACUGGUGACACUAACAAAGUCACAAAAGAAAACUGUUUGAGGGUUGGAAUGGAUGGCCUCAUAUUGAAACCUGUUUCUGUUGAUAAGAUGGGGGGUGUUUUGUCUGAACUACUAGAGCACCGGGUUUUAUUUGAAACCAUUUAAGAAGCUAGAAUGGCUUCAUGGUCUUGAAAGCCUCUUGUUUUUGUGUACAUAACUAAAUGAAAUUUGGAGAAUGACAAGCAUGUGAAUGAGGAAAAUGACAUGAAAUUGGAAAAUGGUUUGUAUUCUAAGUGCUAUUAUUAUGAGUUCCAGGUAAAAGGAACAUUAUUGGCUGAAGCUGAAUCAAUAAAACCAUUUUUGUGAAUCGAGCA